UAUACAGAAAGCAAGCAGGUGAAAAGACAUGAGGAAAUACAGCUGGAACAGUUUCAAGGAUUUCAUUUUCAGAAAUCCUGCAGUCGUCAACCAGGAUCCACAUGUGGAUGAUGGCGAUGAGAAUACUGAGCGUGGGAACUGGGCCAGCAAGAAGGAGUAUAUCCUCUCUACGAUCGGCUAUGCUGUUGGACUGGGAAAUAUCUGGAGAUUUCCAUAUUUGGCCUACAAGAAUGGAGGGGGUGCCUUUCUUAUCCCCUACUUUGUGAUGUUGGUGGUGGCUGGAAUUCCCCUUUUCUUCCUGGAAAGCGCCUUUGGACAGUUUUGCAGCCAAGGUCCAAUCAACAUAUGGAGAUCAGUGCCGAUCCUGCAGGGUGUUGGCGUUGCCAUGGUUAUGGUCACGGUAAUAGUCUCAAUUUAUUAUAACGUCAUCAUCGCUUACAGCCUGUACUACAUGUUCGCCUCCUUCCAGUCUCCUCUGCCGUGGUCUAGCUGCCUCAGUCAGGCUGACAAUAACUGCAGCAACACUCCUAUAGUAUACUGCAAUGUAAGUGGUGAUUUAGUGGCCAACUGGACUCAGGAAAACAGCACUUGUCCUUCAUCCAACAUCAUCACAGUUCCAGUGCAGAGCCCGAGUGAGCAGUACUGGGAUCAUGUGGCUUUGCAGAGAUCCAGUGGUCUGGAUGAAACAGGACCAGUAGUUUGGCACUUGGCCCUUUGUCUGCUGCUGAGCUCCAUAAUUAUUGCUGCAGCGCUCAUCAGAGGCAUCAAGUCAUCAGGCAAAGUUGUGUAUUUCACUGCUACUUUUCCCUAUGUGGUGAUUCUGAUCCUGCUGAUCAGAGGUGUGACACUGGAGGGAGCCAGAGAUGGAAUUGAGUUCUACAUUGGUUCCCAAUCCAAUUUGACGAAACUGACCGAAGCACAGGUCUGGAAAGACGCUGCAACUCAGACCUUCUACUCUCUCUCAAUUGGCUGGGGUGGAGUCAUGACUCUUGCUUCUUAUAACAACUUCCACAACAAUGUGUUCAAGGACUCAUUUGUUGUAACCCUUACUAAUGCUGGUACCAGCGUGCUUGCAGGCUUUGCCAUAUUUUCAAUCUUGGGUCACAUGGCUCACAUCUACAAAAUGCCUGUUGUAGAAGUCGUGAAGGAAGGAUUUGGCCUGGCAUUCAUUGCAUAUCCAGAUGCUCUGUCUAAGCUUCCUAUUUCCCCUCUGUGGUCUAUUUUGUUCUUCUUCAUGCUUUUGACUGUUGGUCUGGACUCCCAGUUUGCAGGAAUAGAGGUGAUCACCACCUGCCUGCUCGAUGCCUACCCUAAAAUAUUCAAAUCCAAACGAGCUUUAUUGACUAUUACGACGUCUUCCAUCCUUUACCUGCUGGGAUUGCCAUGUGUCACAAGGGCAGGAAUAUACUGGGUGACUCUAAUCGACCAGUUUGCUGCCAGCUGGGUGCUGCUAUGUUUGGCUCUCUUGGAGAUCAUUGGUGUCUGCUACAUAUAUGGAGGGAACCGUUUUAUCAAAGACAUUGAGAUGAUGAUUGGAAAUAGGAGUUUCACUUUCUGGUUAUGGUGGAGAGCAUGUUGGUUCUUUAUCAGUCCCUGCAUCAUAGUGGUGAUCUUGAUCUGGUCCCUGAUGACAUUUACGCCACCCUCUUAUGGAGGAGUCCCGUUCCCAGUCUGGGGUUUGACUUUGGGCUGGUGCAUGACUGUAUUUAUGCUCCUCUGGGUCCCCGUCACUGCUGUGUAUAAGAUAAUGAGAUCCGAGGGAAGCCUGUGGCAGCGUCUGAAGUCGUUGUGCUCUCCAGCUGAAGAAUGGCAUCCCUAUCUGGACAUCCAUCGAGGAGAACGUUACUCACCAGAACGCUGCCGCUUGAGAAUGAGCCAAAGAACCAAACCAGAAGUAAAUGUGAACGUAAUCUCGAGCUCAUGGCUCUGAUGUGUGUUUUUAUGUGUUUAUGUUUUCUUCUCUUCUUUUCAGUGCAGCAGUGUAAUAUGUUAACAAUUUAUAUUGAAAGUUACAUUAAGCAACUCAAAUAUUACUUUUCCUAAAAAAAAACAUUAUAUUUGAGAAUUCAUUAUUUUUAAUUUCCAACUUCAAGCAAGGCUUGUGAACAUCAAGUUGACAGUUAGUGUGGAAAAAAGAGAUAAAUAGCUGGGUUUGACAAUAAGCGCCUGGCUUCGUACCAACCCAAAGUGCUCAGCGACAGAAGGAGGCUGCUUCUGCCAUGCCCAGCCUCACUGACACUGAUGUCCAUCAGUUUGCAAAAUAAGUAAAUAUUUACCACGGCAAAAAAUGACAACUGACGUCAGCACAUAUUAUCUAUCAGCUUAAUUGUACAAACAACAACAAAUUGAAUUACAAUUCUGCAUAUUUAAACAAAAUCCACAUCAACAACCAGCAGCCAUAGUCCUUACAACCUUAAAUCCAGUUACCUCAAACAAUGUAGGCAACAACAAAGAUACAAAUCAGAUUGGAAAGAAGAAAGAAUAAGUUACGCUGUAUACCCUGCAAAACAAUAGAUGACAUGCUAAACUUGAUCUAAAACUAGAUAGCCAUAUCUUAAUAAUCUUAAGAUGACAUGAAUCUUGAAACACCACCACACAAAGCAACUUAAACCUAUAUCUACCGAAUGCUGAACCUCUGUAAAUGAUGUCAAACCCCAAAUACACCACACAGCUGUACUAUAAGUAAAGAUGCAACCAUUAACAGAACUGGCAGACACUUGUUGUGGAGUGAAUUCACUGGAACGGGGGAGGGAGAUUGCGACAUCUAGCGGCUUAACGAUAUCAAUAGCACUUUUCCUUUACAGCGGCUUUGGAAUCAGCCAAUUGUUUUUAUUUUGUCAAUGAUUCAUUCAUUUGUAUUCGUCCCACUUUCUUUCAUUCCAAAUGUGUAAUGUUCUGUCAGUAGUGACUGUCUAUGUUCAGUUUCUUGUCAGUUAACUAAGUUUGUUUUGCGCCUCACCUGUGAUAUUCAAUAAUAAACAACUUAUUUCUCUA